AUGUCAUCGAAAUCUCUUGAUGCUAGCAGUGAGAACGACUUGGAAGCGGUAGAAGGCGCAAACUCGAACGAGAAUGAUUAUGUUUCUGCGACAGAGAUCUCGUCUGAUGACCGUGAGUUGCUGCGAGAAAAGCUGGCAAGGGUGGAAGAUGAAGUGCUGAGGAAGACCUCUGUCGCGAGAGCACCAUCCACACAGCAGAAACCAGAGGCGUAUCCUUCUUCCAGUGAAGCGAGAAGUGAUUGGAUCGAGAAUUCGUCGAGCAACGCCGACACAAAACAAGCCCAGCCUACAAUGAGUACCGGUGCUGAUGACGAGCUGAAACCAGCGCCGAUCAAGUCACAGCCAGAGGAGAUUUUUCAAUCUGAACCCCCAUCACAAUCACUACUCUCUGAAGUAGCGCCAACGAGCUCCAAAGGCGUCAACAGAAUUCGGAGAAUGACCAAACGAGGCUUGUCCCACAACAACAACCCCAGCAAUAAUCAGGUGCUUCAGCGACCUAGUGUGGUUCGUAGAUCGGGAAGCAAUGCAAGCGGAGCCUCGGCCAAGGGACUCUCCAACAACCGACACAACAACAAAGGCAACAGAAGUCGAACCAGCUCCGUUUCGAGUCAAAAUUCUGGAGGCAACUACAGUGAUGAUGACUUGGUGAUUCAGGAAGGACCUGGAAUCAUGGAUGGCUUUCCUGAUCCGUUUGCCCACAAGGUUACCACCGUACAGAUUCCGCCUGCAUCUCAUAUGGACAACAAUUCCACUGCUGAGUCUCCUCCUCUCACAAGUCUUACGUUGGAUGACCACUAUUCCGCUCCGGGAGGCUAUGCCGUGGGAGGCCCGGCACCCUAUUUGACCCCUACACCCAGCGUACACAAUGAUGAAGAAUUUGAUGAUGAAAUUGACAAUCGUCGUGGUGAUGAGAGUGUCUUGGUGGAGGCAACAUUGGUGCCGGACGAACAACCCCGAAGCUUUCGUCUUGCCAACACUGCAUCAUCCAUUGUGGUGGAAGCCAAACCGUUGUCCAUGCUACUCUCCAACCGUCUCGUCGUGGUGGGCAUUCUGCUCCUGAUUGUCGUCAUUGUGGCCCUGGCCGUGGGACUGGGAGUGGGUGGCAGCAACAACAACGCAAUGGAAAAUUCAGUAGUGACAAUGACAACAAACACCACCGCAAGUCCCACAGCAGCUCCUGUCCCGACAUUGCAGAGAAUUCGUGACACUGGCAUGCUUCGGUGCGGAUUUGAACAAACAUUCAAAACCCUCCGCGAAUUCCUCAGUGAGCUAGAUCCUCACCAUGAAGAAUUGGCCGCCAGUGCAAACUUGAAUGUGCCCAGCCAAUAUCAGGGAUUUCGGGGCAUCUUUGACUUGGGAUUGUGUCAAGCCAUUGCGUGGGCCAUCAACGGCGAAAACGCCACCUUUGAGGCAUAUGCCGUCACAGCAAGCGACAAGCAUGAAAUGCUCCUGAAUGGGACAAUUGAUGUGAUCGUGACAAAAGCAUUCUUAUCCAUGGAAAAUGAUCUAGCCGAGCCAACCACGGGAGAAGGGUUUUCCUACUCCACCUCAUUUAUUUCCUCUGGGAAUGGGUUUUGUGGUCUGCCACACAAUGUCGAGUGCGCAGAAAAUGGUAUCAACACGAUUGGGAACUGCAGUGAUACUGUCAUGUGCGUAUUGAAGGGUUCCGCUUUCCGAGAUGACCUAGAACGCGUUGUCCCGCAAGGUCGGUUGUUGCCAAAGGAAAAUCCUCGCGAGCUGCUGUUAAGUUUCAUCGCGGGGUCUUGCAAUGUUGUAGCGUCCGAAACCUUUAAAGUUUUUGAAAUGGUGCUAAGGCCGGCGGGAUAUCAGGGUGAGUUUGCUACGGGGACAAGAGAGGCAACCAGGGAACUUUGGGCAAUGGCGACAAGAGAAGACGACACCGAGUGGGCCAACUUUGUCAACACAGUCAUUCUUGGUCUCGUAGCAGCCGAAGAACGCGGGAUUACCAAAGAAACAGCAGAUGACAUGGGAGAGGUCCACCUUUUUGGCGGUGAACCACUACAAUACAGCCGAAUGCUCAUCAAUGCGGUCAAAGCAGUGGGGAACCUUGGGAAUCUGUACGACAAGUCAAUUGGAUGGAUCUUACCCCGUCUGCAAAUAAACCAUGUCAACAACGGAACAACUGGAUUGCUUUUCUCAUCCGAGUUUGGAGAUGAAGUUAUCACAGGUCCUGGACCCAGGGAAGGAGGCGUGUUGGAAACCGUGUUGCAAAGGGGCAGCUUGAGAUGUGGCGUACGACCCGAUCGGCCAGGAUUCGCAACUUUUGACGUCACGACGACGACAGCAUGGAAAGGUUUCGGCGUCGACUAUUGUGUUGCUCUUGCUUCGAGUCUCUUCCAAGGAAGGCCGAACUCGGUCGAAUUUGUGAACGUCAUCAGUGCUAGCGAGGGGUUUGAAGCUCUUCAGGGAAGGCGGGUUGAUGUAUUAGCGGGGUCGGUAUGGACGAUUCAAAAUAACAUGCGAGAACCCACGACGCAACAAAGCUAUUCAUUCACCAAACCAUACUUCUAUGGGCCCGUUCGAGCGGCUACAAACGCAACAAGAAGUUUCGAUGAGAAUCUGUGCCUUGCGACUCGGCAAGAUGACCCACAAUGGUCGUCUUUUGUCUAUUGGACAGCUCAAUCUAUCGUGUAUGCAGAAGAACAUGGAAUCACGCAGCUUUCAUCGAGCAACAUGCCCUUGACCAAUCUGUUUGGUGCCGACUUGACCAGAAUGUUUCGUGAUGCGGUUCACGCAGUUGGCAACUUCGCGCAAGUGUAUGCACGGAAUCUAGAACCCCGCUUGCCGAGAGGGGGGCGCAACAGGCUCACUCGUGUGGGUGACAACACUCCGUUGCUUUACGUGCCCCCUGGCUUCGACUAG